AUGUCUGAAGGGUUUCUGUCUGUGGAAAUCUUCUUGAGCUUUAAAGUGUUGAGUGAAUCUUUAACGGUGUCGCAUUGCAUCUGCCUCUAUGCUGCCGUUUUGGAGACUCACAGGAAAGGUGUAUACGAGUAUUUAUCAAAUGGCAACCUCUAUGACUGGCUACAUCCAGAUGAAGGCGAAUCAAGCAACAUAGAUUGGCCUUUGAAGGUGAAGAUUGCAAUUGGAGUAGCAAGAGGUUUAAUUUUGCUCCACAAGAAAUUUGGGAUAGCCCAUCUGGACAUAAGCUUCAAAUGCAUAUUACUUGAUCAGUAUUUUGAGCCUAAGUUAUCAAAUUUUAGACGGGCAAUGCACUUGAAUCAAAAUUCAGAUCGCAUUUCUCAAAUGAAUUAUGUAACGGACGAUGUUUAUAGCUUUGGAGUAGUACUUCUUGAGCUGAUCACAGGUAAGGAAGAUGAAGAAAUUGAAUAUUAUCUUUCAAAAUGCUCAUCUUUGCCCCAUGAAGAUCCCUUUCCAGAUCAAAGGCCAACAAUGCUUCAAGUGUACAUAACACUUGGUGCUAUCGGAGAGAGAUAUGGCCUUGUUGAUACUUCUGAGGCUAUGAUGCGAAAUGAAUUUGCUACUGAAGAUAUUAGUGAUGAAUGUAUUGAUGAAGAAGAAAUAACAGAACUCACAUGA